AUGGUGGACACGGAGAAGAAGGCGCCAGCGGCCAAAAAGGACGAGGAAGCGUCGGCCACCACCAAUGGAGAAACGUCUCCCUUCCAACUAGAUGUGAACAAGCUACACGCGCUCCCGUCCGAACAGCAAGGACUGUACAUUCUCACCUUCACGGCCGACUUGGCCCGUCAUGUCGAAACCAUCAACACAGAGGAUCUCAACGCCGAACAGACGGCACUCAAAAAAGAGCUCUUCCAAAUCAUCAAUCUGACCUCUCCGGCACCAACAAGAGUAGUUCGCAAGAACGUUGGACGAUGUUUCUAUGGAAUCCUCACAAAAGGGAGCAGAAAAAUCCUCUACGAAUCGAUCAACGACCUGGUUGCUAUUGUGAAUGCUGGAAAGGACAAGGAGCUCAAGACGAAGCAUGCUGCGAUAUACUGCUUGGGAAUCAUCUUCGAAAGUGCUGGCGACAGUGCCAUCAGUCUCUCUCCCUUGGCCUGCAACACCAUACUGAAAUUUGCAAAAGGAGCGGGAAACGAUGCAGGACUGCGCAGCUCAAUCUAUCGAGCAUGUGGAGGCAUUGCCAAAGGGAUCGCCGUUGCUAUCGAUGAGGAUAUUGGAAGAGCUGUUUGGAAGUUGGCAAGGAAUACUGCAGGUAGUGACAAGUCAUUGUUGGUGCAAGCCAGCGCUUGUUGGUGUUUGGAACAGCUGGUCCGCACUACAUCCUACUUUGACAACUCCAACGACUUCGAGAAGCUGCAGGCCGCACUUUGGAAAGCGAUGGAAAGCUCUUCCACGUCUGUUCGUCAUGCAGCUGCUUCUUGUCUUGCGACCCAGCUGGUGAAGAGUUACUCUGAAGCACCGAGUAAAGAUGCUUUGCCCAAGAUCAAGAAACCCAAAAAGUCAAAGAAGCCUGUCCCGGGUGAGGAUCCUGAUGAGGACCUUGAACGCGCAUCCUCUCCUGUCCCAGAAAAGCCGGCGACCGCCCUCUCGUUCAGUUUACUCGAGAUUCUCAAGUUGCUCUCAACCCAAUUCUGCAAACCGGCAACGCCCAAUAGAGCGCGCGCGGGUAUCGCAGUGUGUUAUGUAAAGAUUCUCAAGACUCUCGGUGAAUCUGUUGUUGAAAAGCAGUAUGGCGAUAUCGCUCGGCACUUCCUUGUGGAUAUCCUAAAUUACCAAGGAUGGCAACACAAUCAGUACCGCCAAUUGACGAGCAGGAAGUUUGUUCGAAUCAUCCUGGAACGUGUAGUCGGAGCUAUGCUAGGAKAGACUGCACAGCUCAAUGCUUGCCGCUUCUUACUCAACGAAAUCAUCAAAGACUAUCCUCAGAGUAUCAAGGAGCGUCCGGAGCCUACAAGAGCGAUACUCACUGGAGCCAUCAGCGCCUUGACAUCCCUUGUGUCACGCCUGGACACAGCGAUUGGAACAAUAGCGGAGGCUUGCCGCGAAGGCUUACUUCAGGUGCUGCAACAUCCGUCUUUCACGGUUCAAAUACAAGCAUCGCGUUCACUGCGGAUCUUCGUCCUCGCCUGCCCACAGCAACUGCUUCCUGCAGUGACAAUCUGCAUGAACAGCGUCAGUCGCGAACUCAAUCUGCUGGGCACUCCUCGUCAAACCCAGAGACGAUGUAUCGCAUACGCUCAUGGGCUGGCCGCAAUCCUCAGCACAUCAAGUCAGCACCCGCUUUAUGGCUCUGUCGAUGUAUAUGCAAGAGUGCUACAGCAAGCAACAACUCUGCUCAAGUCAAGCGGUAGUUCCGACCUGCGAGUGUCUAGCUGUCAGCUACAAGUAGCCUGGAUCAUGAUCGGCGGCCUCAUGUCCCUGGGACCCAACUUUGUCAAGAUUCACCUUACACAGCUCAUGCUGUUGUGGAGGAAUGCACUCCCCAAACCAGUCUCAAGAGAGCACAUCAGUCAGCGCAACAUGCUGGAGCUCAGCUAUCUAGCACAUGUUCGAGAGUGCGCUCUCGGUUCAAUCAAGGCUUUCUUGGCAUAUAAUCAACGACUGUUGACAUCUGAUGUCUCCCGGCGAUUACUGGGUAUGUUGGAGAACACCGUUGCAUUCUUGCAGACUCUACCUGCAAAGAAGACCAGUGACGAUCCUUCGAAUCGCUUGUCGGCGGCUCUGCAACUCCAAGAUUAUGAAGUCAUGGUCAGGCGGCGAGUGUUUGAGUGCUUUUCGCAGCUUUUGAGCCUCAGCCCGACUGGAAGCAUCGAAGCAACAGCACAUUCUACUAUCCUGCCAUUAGCGGUAUCAUCAUUCUCCGACGCGGAGUAUGACGCUCCCAACGCAUUGAGCGCAGCGAUAGCUAGUGCGGCAGGCUCUUACGAGAGCAUCUGGGACUUGGGCGAUAAUUAUGGCUUUGGUGUUUCGGGUCGCAUUCGAGGUCUUGAUCUUCGCAAUCCAAUCAAUGGCAGGCUGGAAAGACACUGGACAAGUCGUAGUGACGAGGAAGCMGAGAUCGACCAGACUCUACUAUCCCCCAUAGGCACUGCUGCCGAGAAUGAUCCAACCUGCUGCUAUUUGAAUGAUGCACAAGAUGAUGAAGACCUGCCCAGUCCACCCGCCACUGGAGCUGUAGAUGCUGCAAUUUCAGCAUUCGGUCUUUGUCUCCCACUGCAAGCUCCCAGAGUUCAAGACAGCAUAUUGGAGCAGAUAGCGAAUUCCAUGAGCGCACCAGCUCUGCAGAAAGACCUCGCCAGGAAGGUAGCCAUCACUGCUAAUGUAACGCUGGCGUUAUCAAUGGCACUUCGGGUAGCUACUGGAGAUGUUGGAUCAGCCCGUGGCGAGCUUCGGAAUAUGAACGCCGAGAAGGGCCUGCAAACGCUUCUGCAUGCCUUCAUCAAGGACCCAGAUGACAGUAUUCGAUGUCUCGCUGCGGCUGCGCUAGGCAGGCUCUGCUCCAGCUCUGGCACAUCGUUCACAGCCGCCGAGGUGACACACUUGACGGAAACCAUUGUAAACAACAGAGAACCCCAUGUGCGUGCUGGCUGUGCUCUAGCUCUGGCACAUAUACAUUCACAACUAGGUGGCAUGGCGGCUGGACUGCACAUGAAGAACAUUGUUGGCAUUUUAAUGUCACUUGCAGCCGACACUCAUCCUACAGUACACUUCUGGGCGUUGGACAGUUUGGCGCAGAUUGCGGAAUCAGCAGGCCUGAACUUCUCAGGAUAUGUGACUGGCACGAUUGGUAUGCUGAGCCAGCUGUACGUCUCCGACAGCCACCACGCAGAGAUCACUUCGCAGGCAUCCUCCAACAUGUCGAUGGACCUCCCCGUGGCUGCUGCUAUUGCUCGUGGUGUUGAUGCAAUCAUCAACGUACUGGGGCCUGAUCUUCAAGACAUGGCAAAAGCGAGGGAUAUGAUAAUGACUCUCGUCCGUCUAUUCUCAGUCGAAAACGAAACUGGCAUCUUGCUUGAAAGUCUGCGAUGUUUGGAGCAUCUCUCCCUCUACGCACCAGGACACAUGGAGUUUGCCCAAUACGUACAGAGAUUGCAGAAAGAUCUCGAUGCCCCGUCUUCAGAGGUGUCCGAACUAGCUCUACAAGGUCUCUUCACGCUGAUGCGCCGAGAUGCUCCUGAUAUCGUGCGGACGGCACUACCGGGCUUGGAGGAUCGUCUUUGGGAGUAUUUAAACCACGAGCCUGGAGAAAUGUCCAUCAAAAACAUCUUCGUCAACUGGCUGCAGCAGACUGGAUCCAGCAAUCCUGUGGAAUGGAUCCAACGAUGUAAUAACAUCCUCACCAAGACAAUGGCCAGGACAGAGCAGCCCAAGRCUGCAGUAGCGAAGAAAACUCCCGGGCCAGACUUGCAGGAUGAAGAAGCCGCUGGAUUCGCAGCUGCAGGUGGAGCUUCGAAGGAAGAUGAGACUCAAGCCCCAUCUUCAACGCAAGAGCUGAUGCGGUGGCAAGUGCGACUCUUCGCAAUGGAGUGCCUACGUAACCUCAUUGCAAUGAUCAGGAAAGAAGCAGCCGUGAGUGACGAGAGCGCGGGCGAGGCAGCACUCCAACAAAGAGUUGCCGAUGUGAUCCGCAUUGCCUUCUCUGCAUCCACCGCAGGUGUAUCAUCUUUGCGUGUCGUGGGCAUGCAAAUCAUCGAUCAGGUACUCAWAAUGUUUGGCAGGACACCAGAUCCAGACUUCUCCGAAGCAAUGUUGCUCGAACAGUACCAAGCGCAAAUCAGCUCUGCUUUGACACCCGCUUUCGCUGCAGACUCCUCGCCAGAACUUGCUGCUGCUGCUGUCGAUGUCUGUGCUACCUUCACGGCCACUGGUAUCGUCACCGACAUCGAUCGUAUGGGUCGCAUUCUGAAGCUCCUCGUCUCUGCGCUUGACAGCUUCUCUCAGGAGACUGACACUGCAAGCAUUGGAGAUCUGAAAGCUCUAAGCUCUAAUGCGCAAGUCAUGGUUCGCAUGGCUGUCUUUGCUGCCUGGGCAGAACUUCAAAUCGCCAGUGCAGAGCAGAAGUAUCUCAUCGAUGUGGUCAAGCCGCACAUAGCUCAGCUUGUACCAUUGUGGAUCUCUUCCCUACGAGAGUAUGCUCGUCUUCGCUUCGAGCCUGAUAUCUCAGCUACCACUGCGACGCCUGCUACAUCUGGAGAUCUGGACAUGGUCUACGCUGCUCUCAACCGGGAGACACUGCUCAAGUUCUACCAAGCCUCUUGGCUAAGUUUAGUCGAUGCGAUUGCAAGUCUGAUCGAUGAAGAUAGCGAAUUUGUGUUUGCUGCGCUCGAUGAUAAGCAGGCGAAUGCUGAAAGUGGAAAUGUUGUUCGAAAGAAUAGUGGCAUCAACUACCGAGAGGAACCAGUCGCGUUCUUCUUCGUACUCUACGGAUUGGCGUUCGAAUCGCUUGCUGUCCGUGCGGGAGACGACGACGUCCUCACACGGCAGCGUAAUCUGGAUAUUCUGGAGGCCUUGAAGAAGAUCCUUCGUCCGUCCGUUUCUGGAAAUGCUGUCUAUCAAGAAGUUGUCUUCGCAGAGACUAUGGACCUACUGGAUAGGAUGAUUCUGACUGAGAGCUUGGGCAUGCAAACUGUCAUAGUGGAGAUUGCUCGCAACCUUUGCCUUGUCCAUCCAUCCUCGCGACAAGGCAUGCAGACGCCCAUCAACGGCGAGGCACUUUCGGAUGAUAUCGAGCAACUUUUUGAAYUCACUCGCAUCAUCAUCCUGGUCCUCGCAGGAUUGAUACCAGGUUUAGCCGAUACUCCAGUUUCCACACAGAUUGAGUCAUCUGAAGAGGCCACAGGGCUCGUUCGUGCCUCACUGCAAGCUCUUGUCGAUGUUUCCGAGGUGUUUCCUUCCAUCAUCAAGACCGACUUGCACGCCUCGAUCCUUCAUAUCUUUGUCACCAUUUUGGGAACGGCAGCUUGUCAAAGUGUCGUUGUACCCCAAGCACUGCCAAUCUUUCGACGGUUUGUCGCCAGCAUAGCCGAUGAUGAGCGGCCAGACACCCGACAGCAGGUUCAGAAUGCGUUGAAAAGAAUGCUAGCCAUUCUUCGCAACGCACAAAAACGAGAGACGCAAGCAAGCUUGCCAUGUGAGAAGARUACCUUGCUGGCCAUUUCAGUUCUGCUCUCUGCGGCUCAGCCCUUCUUUGAAAGCAACGAUCCUCUUGUGUUGCGUUUCUUGGGCGAACUACGAGAGUGUCUGGGAAGUCCCAUGACUUCAAAGGUUGCUGCGGGUUGCUACAGGACGCUCAUGCUGCAGAAAGUCUCCCCUCGCGUCACCUUUGCACACACAGUUGGCUUCCUCAUGGACCCGCCUGAUCUCGAAGGCAUGGAGGAGACAAAGUCCGUGGUCUCGCAAACCCUCACGACUUACACUUCAAAGCUUCCUGCAGGUCAGAAGCCCGCUGCUGUUGUUCUUCUCGUCAAUACGCUCCUCAGGUGUGCCCGUAAAGAUGGUUCAGCAUCGCACCCCAGUAUUGCUGCACGCCUUUUGGAGCUUGCUGCGACUGAGAACGCCACUUUCCGGAGUCUUGUAGCAAGCAUGACUGGAGAUCAGAAGCAGCUGAUGGAACAAAUAUUGAAGUCACAAGCUGGGAAUCGUGGUGUGAGACAGGACUUGAGUGCGGAGCGUGAGCCGACUAUUGCGUUGAAAAUGAACUUUGGUGGCUAG